CUCUUACAGAUGGAGCUCCCGGAGGCCUUUUCUGACCAACGGACAUGCCCAUCUGCCUUCCUCAACAUGCUAUCACUCAGCCUUUCCACAGCAUCUCUGCUCAGCAACUACUGGUUUGUGGGCGUACAGAAGGUGCCCAAGCCCCUGUGCGGGAAUGGUCUGCCAGCCAAGUGCUUUGACGUGCCGGUGCCCUUGGAUGGACGCAGCACCAGCGCGUCAUCCCAGGAGGUGGUGCGAUACAGCUGGGAGACUGGGCAUGACCGCUUCACCUUCCAUGCCUUCCGGAGUGGCAUGUGGCUCUCCUAUGAGGAAAUCGUGGAAGACCCAGGAGCGAGGUGCCGAAGCUUCCUUCAACUCACACUACCAACCGAGAGAGAGAUCCUAUGGUUAUCACUGGGAGUCCAAUUCGCCUACAUCGCACUUGAACUCAUCAGCUUCCUCCUCCUACUGAUGGACUUGCUAUUCACGGGGAACCCCGGCUGUGGCCUCAAGCUGAGCGCCUUCACCGCCAUCUUCUCUGUCUUGUCAGCACGGCCUGGGUUUCCUUCACCUGCUGCAUGGCGUCAGCUGUCACCACCUUCAACACGUACACCCAGCUGGUGCUGGAGUUCAAGUGCAAGCACAGUAAGAGCUGCAGAAGAGCCCCGCCGAGCUGCCUACUGCAUCACCACCUACGUUUCCUUCGGGAGCUGGCGUGCACAGCCCACCCGAGGGGCCUUUGACCAGCUACCCCCAGAGGAAGAAGAAACCUAG